GGAGAGAAGGAGGGACAGAGAAGCACCAAGCUCUGCAGCCCAAGGGGCCCAGUCCCUGGGGGAAGUGUUGGAAGUGGUGCCCAGCAGCCUCUGAGGUCUCCGAGAGGAUCUGCUUCCUGUCUCCCCAAGGAUGGGUCUCCGGGGGAUGUUCUGCUUCCCCCUGGGGCUCCUCUUUGGCUCUGUGCUUUUGGUGGCCUCAGCCCCGGCCACCCUCGAGCCUCAGGGCUGCAGGGACAAGGAGCCACAGGUUACUGUCAGCCACACCUACAAGAUUGAUGUGCCCAAGUCUGCUCUGGUCCAGGUCGAGACUGACCCCCAGCCCCUUAGUGACGAUGGGGCCUCACUCCUGGCCUCAGGGGAGGCCGAGGAACAGAACAUCAUCUUCAGGCACAACAUCCGCCUGCAGACGCCACAGAAGGACUGUGAGCUGGCAGGCAGCGUCCAAGCCCUCCUGGCCCGAGUGAAGAAGCUGGAGGAAGAGAUGGCGGAGGUGAAGGAGCGGUGUGAUGUUCAGCGCUGCUGCCGAGGAGUUGCCGGUGCCAACGGCCACUGCAGCGGCCACGGGACCUUCUCCCCCGAGACCUGCGGCUGCCGCUGCGAGCAGGGCUGGGAGGGCGCCGCAUGCGAGCGGCCCGCCUGCCCCGGGGCGUGCAGCGGCCACGGGCGCUGCGUGGACGGCCGCUGCGAGUGCGACGCGCCCUACGUGGGCAUCGACUGCGCCUACCCCGCCUGCCCCGAGAACUGCAGCGGCCAUGGCGUGUGCGUGCGCGGCGCGUGCCGGUGCCACGAGGACUUCACGUCCGAGGACUGCAGCGAGCGCCGCUGCCCCGGCGACUGCAGCGGCCACGGCUUCUGCGACACGGGCGAGUGUUACUGCGAGGAGGGCUUCAGCGGACCGGACUGUGCCCAGGUGGUGGCCCCCCAGGGCCUGCAGCUGCUCAAGAGCACGGAGGAUUCCCUGCUGGUGAGCUGGGAGCCGGCCAGCGAGGUGGACCACUACCUCCUCAGCUACUACCCCCUGGGAGAGGAGCUCUCUGGGAAGCAGAUCCAAGUGCCGAAGGAGCAGCACAGCUAUGAGAUCCUUGGUUUGCUGCCUGGCACCAAGUACAUGGUUACCCUGCGCAACGUGAAGAAGGAGGUUUCCAGCCGCCCACAGCAUCUGCUUGCCACCACGGAUCCGGCUGUGCUUGGCACCGCGUGGGUGACAGAGGAGACUGAGAGCUCCCUGGAUGUGGAGUGGGAGAACCCCCCGACCGAGGUGGACUACUACAAGCUUCAGUAUGGCCCUCUGACAGGGCAGGAGGUGGCUGAGGUCACCGUGCCCAGGAGCGGUGACCCCAAGAGCCGAUAUGACAUCACUGGUCUACAGCCCGGAACAGAGUAUAGGAUCACUGUCAUCCCCAUGAAAGGAGAACUGGAGGGCAAGCCGAUUCUCCUGAAUGGCCGCACAGAAAUCGAUAGCCCAACCAAUGUGGUCACUGACCGAGUGACAGAAGACACAGCGGUAGUCUCCUGGACCCCAGUCCGGGCUGUCGUAGACAAGUACGUGGUGCGCUACACCUCUGCUGAUGGGGACACCAGGGACAUGGCGGUGCCCAGGGAGCAGAGCAGCACCGUCCUGAUGGGCCUGAAGCCGGGAGAGGCGUACAGAGUCUACGUGUGGGCCGAGAGGGGCAGCCAGGAGAGCAAGAAGGCCGACACCAAGGCCCUCACAGACAUUGACAGCCCCCAAAACCUGGUGACCGACCGGGUGACAGAGAACACGGCCACCGUCUCCUGGGACCCGGUGCAGGCCGUCAUCGACAGGUACAUGGUGCGCUACACGUCCGCCGAUGGAGACACCGGGGAGGUGCCGGUGGGGAAGGAGCAGAGCGGCACUGUGCUGACGGGCCUGAGGCCGGGCGUGGAGUACACGGUCCAGGUGUGGGCCCGGAAGGGGACCCGAGAGGGCAAGAAGGCCGACACCACGGCCCCGACAGACAUUGACAGCCCAACAAACCUGGUGACCGACCGGGUGACGGAGAACACGGCCACCGUCUCCUGGGACCCGGUGCAGGCCGUCAUCGACAGGUACAUGGUGCGCUACACGUCCACCGAUGGAGACACCGGGGAGGUGCCGGUGGGGAAGGAGCAGAGCAGCACCGUGCUGACGGGCCUGAGGCCGGGCGUGGAGUACACGGUCCAGGUGUGGGCCCAGAAGGGGGCCCGGGAGAGCAAGAAAGCCAACACCACGGCCCCAACAGACAUUGACAGCCCCCAAAACCUGGUGACCGACCGGGUGACGGAGAACACGGCCACCGUCUCCUGGGACCCGGUGCAGGCCGUCAUCGACAGGUACAUGGUGCGCUACACGUCCGCCGAUGGAGACACCGGGGAGGUGCCGGUGGGGAAGGAGCAGAGCGGCACCGUGCUGACGGGCCUGAGGCCGGGCGUGGAGUACACGGUCCAGGUGUGGGCCCAGAAGGGGGCCCGGGAGAGCAAGAAGGCGGACACCAUGGCCCCGACAGACAUUGACAGCCCAACAAACCUGGUGACCGACCGGGUGACGGAGAACACGGCCACCGUCUCCUGGGACCCGGUGCAGGCCGUCAUCGACAGGUACAUGGUGCGCUACACGUCCACCGAUGGAGACACCGGGGAGGUGCCGGUGGGGAAGGAGCAGAGCAGCACCGUGCUGACGGGCCUGAGGCCGGGCGUGGAGUACACGGUCCAGGUGUGGGCCCAGAAGGGGGCCCGGGAGAGCAAGAAAGCCAACACCACGGCCCCAACAGACAUUGACAGCCCCCAAAACCUGGUGACCGACCGGGUGACGGAGAACACGGCCACCGUCUCCUGGGACCCGGUGCAGGCCGUCAUCGACAGGUACAUGGUGCGCUACACGUCCGCCGAUGGAGACACCGGGGAGGUGCCGGUGGGGAAGGAGCAGAGCGGCACCGUGCUGACGGGCCUGAGGCCGGGCGUGGAGUACACGGUCCAGGUGUGGGCCCAGAAGGGGGCCCGGGAGAGCAAGAAGGCGGACACCAUGGCCCCGACAGACAUUGACAGCCCCCAAAACCUGGUGACCGACCGGGUGACGGAGAACACGGCCACCGUCUCCUGGGACCCGGUGCAGGCCGUCAUCGACAGGUACAUGGUGCGCUACACGUCCGCCGAUGGAGACACCGGGGAGGUGCCGGUGGGGAAGGAGCAGAGCAGCACCGUGCUGACGGGCCUGAGGCCGGGCGUGGAGUACACGGUCCAGGUGUGGGCCCAGAAGGGGGCCCGGGAGAGCAAGAAGGUGGACACCAUGGCCCCCACAGACAUUGACAGCCCCCAAAACCUGGUGACCGACCAGGUGACGGAGAACACGGCCACUGUCUCCUGGGACCCGGUGCAGGCCGUCAUCGACAGGUACAUGGUGCGCUACACGUCCGCUGAUGGAGACACCGGGGAGGUGCCGGUGGGGAAGGAGCAGAGCGGCACCGUGCUGACGGGCCUGAGGCCCGGCGUGGAGUACACGGUCCAGGUGUGGGCCCAGAAGGGGGCCCGGGAGAGCAAGAAGGCAGACACCACGGCCCUGACAGACAUCGACCCUCCCAAAAACCUUCGUCCAUCUGCCGUUACACAGUCCGGGGGGGUGUUGACCUGGAUGCCCCCCUCUGCUCAGAUCGAUGGCUACAUUCUGACCUACCAACUCCCAGAUGGCACCGUUAAGGAGGUACAGCUUGGAAGAGGGAACGAGAGACUUGAGUUGCAAGGCCUUGAGCAGGGCAUCGCCUACCCAGUCUCCUUGGUUGCCUUUAAGGGUGAUCGCCGGAGCAGGAGUGUAUCUACCACCCUUUCCACAGUUGGUGCCCGUUUUCCACAUCCUUCCGACUGCAGUCAAGUUCAGCAGAACAGCAAUGUCGCCAGUGGUCUAUAUACCAUCUACCUGCAUGGUGAUGCCAGCCGGCCCCUGCAGGUGUACUGUGAUAUGGACACGGAUGGAGGUGGCUGGAUUGUCUUCCAAAGGCGCAACACUGGACAGCUGGAUUUCUUCAAGCGCUGGCGGACCUACGUGGAAGGCUUUGGGGACCCCAUGAAGGAGUUCUGGCUUGGACUCGACCAGCUGCACAACCUCACCACUGGCACUGCCACCCGGUAUGAGGUGAGAGUGGACCUACAGACAGCCAACGAGUCCGCCUAUGCCGUGUAUGAUUUCUUCCAGGUGGCCUCCAGCAAGGAGCGGUACAAGCUCUCAGUCGGGAAAUACAGAGGCACGGCCGGGGAUGCUCUUACUUACCACAACGGAUGGAAGUUUACAACUUUUGACAGAGACAACGAUAUUGCCCUCAGCAACUGUGCCCUGACACAUCAUGGUGGCUGGUGGUAUAAGAACUGCCACUUGGCCAACCCCAACGGCAGAUACGGGGAGACCAAACACAGUGAGGGGGUGAACUGGGAGCCAUGGAAAGGACAUGAAUUCUCCAUUCCUUAUGUGGAGUUGAAAAUCCGCCCUCAUGGCUACAGUGGAGAGCACGUCCUGGAGAGAAAGAAGCGGACACUAGGAGAAAAUUCGAGAAUGUUCUGAUGGCCUAUUUGAACAGUCAUCACACGAGACAAGACCAGCCCAGGGUUGGGGCUAUGUAGGCUUGGGGCAAGGUGGGUAGUGGUGACUGGUUAAUGGAAAUUUGAGGGAUACUCCUGGCCUCUGGUUUCUGAGAUGGCUGGGUAACCUCCAGGACAAAGUGUGUGACCAAACUUCAGACCACACAGGUCUCUGUCACCUGCAUUUCUGCCCAUCUGUAUUGGGGACCUGCAAAUCAACACAAUAGUAUAUAUGAGAAAGAACACCGGACUGCAAGUUCGUCAGUCUGUCUUCAGUAGCAAAUAUAUGGGAUUGGGGAGUAGGGGGAAGGGAAAAGAAUCAUCUAGCACUUCACCAGUUGGUGUGUGUGUGUGUGUGUGUGUGUGUGUGUGUGUGUGUGUGUGUAUGUGUAUACAAUCUUUUCUCUAGAAAGCCAUACCAAGGAGGGGUUCUAUUUGAUGACCAAGGGACUUAACGUAGUCUGAUGCUUGUUACCUCCCAUGACCACUGGGAUUUGAGGAAAAAGGUAUAAAUCUUCACCUGUUUAAAAAAUGCUAGAUCAGGAGAAAGAAUAAAGGGACCAAGACUGAUUCACAUCGAGCUAAGUUGUGACCAGUAUCCAGCAGUCUGGGAACCAAGCUUCCGUGUUACCCCCCUUUUCAAGUUCCCCCUUCCCACAUAUUUACAUAAUCACUUUCAGAGAUCUGCAUAUGUUGUGAAUAAAUUCUCACUCGUUUCAGCUUUAAAUAACUGGACUCUUUUGGUGAUUGGUCCCUCCCAAAGACUCUUCAGUGACUCUCUUUCAUGCCCUCAAGUCCUCAGCCCUGCCCCUUUCCCUGGGCCCCCACACUGUUGGGCCUGUGGGUGUUCUGAAGGUGCCCAGCAGAAGCUUCUUGUUUGCUCAGGCACUUGGCAGGUCGGGUCCUUUGGGUUUACUUUCCUACCCCUUUGGAAAGUUUCUCUGUAGUGAAGUCAGUGAUCAUUAUUAAAAGUAACUUACAUUCUGAUUCAAGAAAAAAAACAACAACACCUGGUUUUUAAAAAAUUUGCCUUGUGUUAUUUAACUCACAUCAGUGCGCUUGAAUUCUAAAUUCAACCCAAGUGUAUGUGAAGGUACAACUUGUGCAUCACACGGAAUGCCGUCGGCCUGCCGUUUCAUACUUGCGAGACGGCGAAUCGUGGUAUUUGGAACCCGGAGAGAUGAGAUGAGUGGGAGCGGAGGCAUGUGCCCUAAAAGCUUCAGUGCCGCCCCAGGCCCGGGGAGUUGUUCACUGCCUCAGGCUGUCCAGGCUUUAACCUCCGGCCGAAGGCCAAGCUGUACUCCCCAAACGGGUUAUGUCCCCCUUGUAGGCUUUCAGCACCGCCCGCGCCCCCCCAUACGCACCGUGCCGCAGUGCUGCUAGAUCUGGUGAGGGCGGUCUAAACAGGAAUUCGGUGAGAGUGUGUGUCUGCCUGCUUCUCGCCAGGGUGUGUGCUGUGCCCUGGGGGGGAGGGGGACACAGGUGAGACACAGAGGUGAGCAAGCCAGACGGUGUGUGGACUGUCAUUCAUUCGUUCACUCUCAUUGAUUCCACAAAAGCUGACGGAGCCCUGUUGGGAGCCAGCUUCUGCUGUAAGUAACUGGUGCCGCGGAAGCAAAGAAACUGCACUAGUCCCGCCCUCACCUUGGCGGUUCAGGAGCCUGGCGCUCAACCCAGUGGGCGCAGUGGACCGAACCUCGGGGUGACUCUGAGCUGGGGCUGGUGCGUGGUGGGCAAAAUUUCCCCACGUGGGUUGGUGAAUGCUUGGUAAAUGCGCUGGGUAGAGCGCAGGUUGCUGAGCCUCAUCCUUAGGUCUUGUGACUCAGUAGGUCUGGGCUGGGGCUGCUGCCAGAUUGACCACUCUUGGAGUAAGCUCUGGCGUAGGGGUCGCCUGCUGCUGGUCUCUCUGCUCUGGACCUGUGAUGCCCCCCACACACCUCUGUGUCCCCUGACCGCAGCAUUUCUCCACGACCGGCCAAGAUGAGGACUUACCAGGACCUGGAAACUGCCGUGGGGGCCGUGCCGCCCAGAGGACUGGCAGGGGAAACCUCAGCUGACCCUUAAGGGUUCUCCAUGGGGCAGAGAAGAAGUUGGGAUGAGCUCAUUUUUAAAGGCUGUUCAUCUGACCAAGGAGAACGUUCUAGCCCUAAAUGUCUGUGCCUGGCCUCACUGGAAUGAGACCAGC